GUGUAAACUCCCUUCAAAUUGUGUCUGUUGAUUUAUUUACUCAUUUACUUUUUCCAACGAGACCUUUAAAUCCGCUUCAUCCCCAUCAUCUGGAUAUACCAUGAAUAGCCUAAGUACCCUUAAAGCAAGCAGAUCCUGCGGCACUUGUCGGGAUCGCCGGAUCCGAUGCGACCGAAAACUUCCAAUAUGCGACAACUGCAGACUAUCAACACUUCGUUGCAAAGGCUACGCACUACGCCUGUCUUGGCCCAGAAAUGGGGAUGCAAAAAGAGCCAUGACAGCAUCUUGUUCCUGGCCAAGUGAUAGACCCGACAACAUACAGGCCGAGGUUACGCGUCAGGGGUUCUUUGUGAACACGCAGAAAUGGCACGUAAGAGCUUGGUCCGACGCUGUAGCCUCAGGAAACACUCGAAUAUUUCAGGAAAGAAUUUUGCAAGGCUCGAUACCAAGUUCCGUCUGUUUAUCUCUGGUGGAUAGAGAAGACAGCAGUCUCAUUCACUAUUACGUCCAACAUGCACCGUCUUUCUUGUUAAAUCCAUUAGGGUCUCUUUCAAACUUACUGCUACAAAUUGGCCUCACUGAUUCUUCACCGUCUUCUGUUGCGGUACUAAACGGCCUGCUGGCAAUCUCUGCCCUACAUGCUUUCGGCGAAGGGAGAGCAAUAAGAUUCAAAAGUCGAGCUAUUUCCAUGACAAGAAUAUCCUUAGACCCAGAUAACCCUGACUCUGUUAUAAUCGGUAACCUUGCUGCAAGUAUGCUGUUAUACCUUUACGAAACUCUUUAUAUGUCGACCCCUGUGGCAUGGGCAGCAUAUCUCUUCGGCGUUAAGCAGAUUCUCCAGUUUUCAAAAGAACGAGGUUCCUUGUCCAAGUGCUAUAGGGUUAUCUUCGAAUGGAUUCUGUAUCAUGAGACGAUUAUCGAGUUCAGCCAGCUAUACUAUGGAAGGGAGACUUACAAACCGCUCUGUCGAACUAGGAUAUCUGGUGAUUUCAUAUGCAAGGAUGAACCUCGGAAUGGAAAUGAGGUGGAAGUGACAGGAUGCGACCCAGCUGUUCUAAGGACCAUCUGGAAAGUGUUCAACAUAGUGGUUCCCAAUCCUAGAAGUCCAGUACUUCCAGCCUCGCGAAAAGACCUUGUAGAGCUGGAGGGUCAGCUUCGAAGACAUGUAGAAGAGCCCGCUACGACAUCGGGAACAACGUCAUGGAUGCACGCUGCAACGAAGCUGCACUGCGUAGCAACACUACUUUGGAUCAACCGCUCUGCAUAUAGCUACAACGGAUCGGAAGCAAGCCAUCAAGCGUUGGUCUCAAAAGGUCUGCAAAUUCUUGCGGAGCUCGAGACUUGUGAUUUACCCUGGCCCUUGUUUGUUAUUGCAUGCGAAACUCGAGCAGAUGAACAACGGUGUGGCAUACUCGGAGUUAUUCGUCGAACGCAAGAAAGGUCUAGCACAAGACAUAUGGAUCUUGUGAAGGGAUUGAUAGAGAUUGGCUGGAACUACGACGAUCUCGACCCGGCUGGCUUGUUGAGCUAUGAUGCAAAGCUUUGCAGUAUUAUUCACGCAGGCUCAUGGAUGCCUCCGUUUAUAUGAACCCGAACUAAAACGGAAACCUGGAUAUGAAUGUGGGGUUAACUAUAGCUGUAAAGCCUCUCAGCAGAAACUUCUUUUUGCCCUUG